CUUGUAUGAUUAGUUUAAUGAUAUUUAAAAAAAACACGUAUAAAUAAGUGUUAAGCUGGUACGUGCUAGUCAUAACAGUGUUACAUUCAGCAAUGGGGUUCCUUGCAAACAUUGUUGCAACCACAUCGGUGUUGCUACUGAUAUCAUCUUAUUCGCGUGCGGUGACUGCAGAUUCUUGUACCAUCACGUCAUUUGACGAAAUCAGUAGCGUAGUAGCCAGUUGUAGUAACGUGGUAUUUGGAAGUUUUACGAUACCCUCGGGCAAUAAAUUGGCUAUUAAAUUCUUAGAUGGAGCUUCUGUUACCUUCAGUGGUGAAGUCUUAUUCGAACACUUCAAUGGCGACGGUCCACUUUUAAGGUUGACAAUUAACAAUGGUGUUGUGACGGGAGAUGAUAAUCACUUGUUCAAUGGGCAAGGUGAGAGUUACUGGGGUUUAAACGGUACUAAACCCCUACUAAUGCGUCUCGUUGCACAGAACACCAAUUUCCAAGGAUUCAAAAUUAAGAAUUGCCCCCAAAGAUGUAUUUCCAUAAACGGCUCAAAUAAUACCGUCAUAUCAAACUUUACGAUCGAUAAUCAAGAUGGAGUUGGUAAAGCAAAGAAUACCGAUGGAUUUGAUGUCAGUUCGUCUAGCGGAAUUACAAUUAAGGAUACCAUAGUGACGAAUCAAGAUGAUUGUGUGGCUAUUAACUCGGGUUCGGAUAUUUUAGUGGACAAUCUUCAUUGUAUCGGUAGCCAUGGAUUCGACAUUUCUGUCGGGCAGGGUAGCGGAAAUACCAACUUUGUUACAAACGUCACGUUCCAGAAUUCCAUAUUGACUGGAGGUCUGGUCGGGCUUAGUAUGCUCUCGCAUAUUGAGGGCGGAACUGGAGAAGUAAACUCUAUUAAUUACACCAACAUCCAUAUCGAAGGGUCUACUGACUACGCUGUUUUCUUCCAUCAAGAUUUUUCCAGCGCGAUCCAGGGUAACACCGGUGUCCCGGUGGGCACCGUUGUGUUUUCUGACAUAACUUUUAAUAAUGUUACUGGCUUUGUGGAUGAUACUACGGAUGCAGCCGCAGUGUGUUUAAGGUGUGCUUCCGGAUUCUGCAAAAAUUUCAACUUCAAUGGGUUACAGAUCAGCGGCGCCACAAAGAAAGACGAAUGCAGCAUCGAACCAAUAGGAUAUAAAUGCAAUACUUAAUCAUAUUGAUUGCCAUUUUUUGAGUUUCAGUUCUCAGCUCUGAAGAAGCUCCGAAGAAACCAGCAGGACGAUUGGUGACACCUCAGC